AUGUUGCCUCCACGGUCUUUCCUCUCGUCGGCGAUUGCGCUGCUGGCCUCGUCAAGCCUGGUCCAAAAUGUCGCCGCCCAAGUUACGACCGACUGCUUCCCCAUGAAGAAGGAGUGCCCGGCCGACCCAGCCUUGGGCAUGGACUUCAACUUCAACUUCAACCAGACGCCCAAGGCCGGCACCUGGGACACCACAGUCGGCCCCGUGAAGUACGAUGCCAAGACGGGCGCCGCCUUCACCAUCAACAAGCAGGGCGACUCGCCGACCAUUCGUUCCUCGUUUUACUUCUUCUUUGGCCGCACUGAGAUCUGGAUGAAGGCAGCCAGUGGUACCGGUGUCAUCAGCUCCGUUAUGCUUCUGAGCGACAACCUCGACGAAAUCGACUGGGAGUUUUUUGGCGGGAAUAAUGGUCAGGUCCAAAGCAACUAUUUCGGCAAGAACAACUCCGACUUCCACAACGCUGGUCUCCAUAGUGUCAUCGGUGGAGUGCAGAACGACUAUCACAACUACACCCAAGUGUGGACCAAGGAUGCGCUGGACUUUUACAUUGACGGCGCCAAAGUUCGCACACUGCUCCCCAAGGAUGCGAACAACACAUAUUACUAUCCCCAAACCCCAAUGCGCAUGUCCAUUGGCAUCUGGGCCGGCGGAGACCCAACCCUCCCGAAGGGGACGCGCGAGUGGGCUGGUGGUGAUACCGACUACUCGAAAGGCCCUUUCACCAUGUUUGUCAAGAGCGCCCACAUCACAGACUACAGCAGCGGCAAAGAGUACACGUAUGGCGACAAGACAGGCUCGUGGCAAAGCAUCAGAAUUGCCCAGGGCAACUCAACCGCCAAAGAAAAGAUCACGGCGCCUCCGGAGCAACCGGCCCCGAGUGUCUCCGAAAAGUUCAACGCACUGUCACCCACAGCCAAGAUUGCUAUCUAUGCGAGCGCAGCCGGUCUCGGCACCGCCUUGUUUGCAUUUGCUUUGUUCUAUUGCAUUCGUCAACGCCGCCGUGGCGCUCGUGAAGAACGCAUUGCGGCAGCCAAGGCCGAGGAGGAACGUCUUGAGCUUGAACGGUUCAAGAAGGCGGGUGUUGAUCCCGACAGCUUUGUCGACUCGGCAACUGAGUACAACGCCAAAGACAUGCGUCGCGAUGGACUCUCGGACAAUAACAGCUAUAGCGUACCGGUCACGCCUGGCGCCGCAACGCCCGUCAACGAGAAGUGGGAAAAGGCCGCGGCUAUCGGGGCCGGUGCUGGAGCUGGAGCCGCCGCUGCUGCUGGCGCGAUGCGCAGUCCCAUGCCUUUGCUCCAGAACGGCGCACGGUCGCCGGGCAUGGCAAGCCCCUCGUCUGACCGAAGCCCUUUUAAUGCUCCGUACUCCGACCGUGCCGCAAACAACCAGUCGCCCGCGUCCAACUUCAACCCCCACGAGGGCUCUCGGUCGCCUGCGCCAUUGGGCAACAUUCGCCCCCCGGGGCCUGGCAUGACCGGCCCUGCGCCAUCAUUCCCGCAGCCCAGUGUGGCGAGCCCUUCGCAGCCAUUCCCGCCACCCGUAAAUCGCAGUUUCUCGAGCCCGAACGCCCAGAUGCGAGGUGGCUACCCGGGCCCCCAGCAGCCUGGCUUGCCAAGGAUGACCAGCCCGGCACCAAUGGCACAGCCACAGCCCCAGAGGAGUUAUACAGCAGGCGGUUACGGCGCACCUAGCGCGCGCUCGCCGCCAGCUGGUGCCUACGGGAAUGGUGGUAACGGCGGCAACGCGGGCUACUGGGGCAACGGUGGCAAUGCAGGCAACGGAAGCAACGCAAACUAUGGCGGCAACGGAGGCAACGCAGGUUAUAGUGGCAAUGGAGGCUAUGGCGGCUACCGGUGA